AGUCUGUCUCUUCCUAUUUGAAUAAUUUUCAGCCGCUCUUUCCUUGUUGAUUUCUUUCUUCUCUCAAAUGAAGCAUUAUGAUGUUGCAGUAGAUGGAGGGCAGUGGCAGUGAUAAUACCAUCCCCAACCAAAACAAGAAGUGGCAUCCUGAUAAGCACAACGGUGGCAGUCACGUUACAGCAAAGUUUCAAGAGAUUAACGAAGCUUACGAAGUGUUGAGUGAUCCUGCUAAGCGACUUGACUAUGAUCUAACUGGCAUAUGUGAGAUUGAUAAGUAUACUUUACCGGAAUAUCUUGGCAGAUUUAGGGGAAUGAUACUUACAUGCAAUGGCCUGGGUAUUAGUCAUGCAUCAACAUGGUCACAACAAUUGGUGGAAACUGAUGGCUUAGCAGAGAAAUCAGCCUAAUAAGGUAGUGUACCUACGGAUUUAUAUAAAAUUUUCUGCCUCUGAUCCACUUUGGAAGCUAAAGUAAAAGAUCACUUGUCCAAUCGAACCCUGUAUGACUUGGGUGAUCAAAACUCAAAUGCCUCAGCAUGAAUACAACACGAGGGAGAACCAUCAAGAUAUUGCUGCUUUCAAGUAAGAUACCAUCAAUUGAGUGUGUGUUAUUGGCUACAAAUUAAUUUUGAAGUACAAAACCUUGAGUAAUAAGAAUUCAUCUGAUUUGGUUUCUCUCAUUGAUCGAUGACGAGU